AUGUUAGUGAGUUCAUCACCAGUUCACCCAAACAUCGCUAUGAUCGAUCUCGGACUGGCCCGCAUCGGGCAUCUUCUUAGGCACACGCCGCAGACCUGGAAGGCCAUCCACGUUGCUGGCACCAACGGCAAAGGCUCAAUAUGCGCCUAUCUCUCAGCCAUGCUCAAUGCCAGCGGCGUCUCUUGUGCAAGGUUCACCUCACCCCAUCUCAUCGAUCGCUGGGACUGUAUCACCAUCAACGAGAAGCCGGUCCCUGAAACGAUAUUCCGUCAGGUCGAGGGCUUGGUCAAGCAGCGGGACCAGGACGAGAAGAUCGGGGCCACCGAGUUUGAGCUCCUCGCUGCAACCGCCUUUGAGAUCUUCCACCGUCUAAAGGUUGAGUAUGGCGUAAUCGAAGUUGGUCUCGGCGGGAAGCUGGACGCAACCAACAUCAUGGAGCACAAAUCCGUUACCGUCAUCGCGAAAAUUGGUCUUGAUCACCAGUCCUUCCUAGGAAAUACCAUCGAGGAGAUUGCACUGCAGAAGGCAGGCAUCAUCCGCUCUGGCGUUCCCUGUGUCAUUGAUGACAGCAACGAGUCCUCGGUCCUGAGAGUCAUCCAAGACCACGCGAAGGAGGUCGGGAGCCUAGAGCUGCAUUAUCCCUCGUCGGAUUCGGCCCUGGUCCAGGUUCUCACCGAAGAAGGCUACGAGCUGCAUCAAGUCCAGAACCUGGCGUGCGCCUUCUUGGCCUUCCGCUUGGCUUGUCCGGACCUUGACCACUCGAUGAGCCGUCUCCUCCCUAUCGUUAAGCAGCUGCAGUGGCCCGGUCGUCUGCAAAGGAUCGAUCUCUUUCCGAUCAUCGGGAGACAUCAAGAGGCUCUGUUGGACGGAGCUCACAAUAGCCAGUCAGCCGAAGUUUUGGCUGAGUAUGUCAACAAGCACUAUCGCUCGCGGAGUCAACAAAUCACCUGGGUGCUGGCCGCUUCCAAGGGCAAAGAUGUGGACAGUAUCAUGUCACAUAACGUCCAGCCGAGUGAUCAAGUCACGGCCGUGCAGUUUGGGCCAGUUGAUGGAAUGCCGUGGGUUAAAGCUGAGGACCCUGUCAACUUGAUCAAUCAGGCAAUCCGUUAUGGCGUCGAUACUCAGAACACGCACAACUCGGGAGAUGAUGUGCGAGCUGCCCUGGAGUGGGCGUCCAAGGCGGCGGGAGACAGCCCGAUUGUCAUUGCGGGAAGUUUGUAUCUGGUCUCCAGCGUUCUACGGCUUAUGCGAGAGGCCGAGUCUCAAAAAGUAUGA